AUGCUGAAGGAGUUCACCUUUCUGUCCAGGUCGGCCAAGACAAGCUCGCGUAUCGACCGGGCCCUGGUCUCGGCGUCACUGGUGCCGUUGCUCUCGGAUGCGUCGCACUGUCGGCCGCUGAAGGGUCUCUCGGACCACUGGUUCGUCGUGAAGGUGACCUUCAAGAUCAGCCUGCAGCUCUGCAUGGGUCCGGGUAUAUGGAGGUGCAAGCCAGCAGAGAUUGGAAGGCCGGGUGCGGCAAAGGCGGUCGCUGCUGUUCGGGAGGAGCACGGGAAAGCGGGGUCGGGAGACUUUUCUGAUCUCAUGAGGAAAAUGAAUAUGGCACUGCGGAAGUACUCUACCGAGGAACGGAAGCGGGUCAAGGCUACCCUGAGUCACCUAGACAACGCGGUGGCAGUCUUGCAACAGGAGGUGAUGAGAAUUCCCCACUGUCUCAACCGGAAGGAGGAGCUGAGGGUCAAGGAGUCUCAACUGGCGGCUUACCUCGCCUCGGAGCAGGAGAGGAUGUCGCUCAUGGCUGGGGUCAAAGAGCUGCGGGAGGGGGAGAUGCCUGGCAAGCUCAUGUCUGCUAAAGUCAAAGCAAGGAAGGAGAGGACAAGGAUUACAUCGCUGCAAUGGAAGGGAACGGUGCGGAAGGACUCGAGCGGUAUACUGGAAGCUGCAUCGGAAUUUUACGCGGAGCUGUUCUCCGAACCCGCCCCGACUGCGGAUAGCACGUUCUGGCCGGUUGAUCCUGAUAAAAAGUUGGGAGAGGUGCAAUCUCAGCUGUUGCUGGCGGAUUGGUCUGAAGCAGAGGUAAAGGAGGCUCUUGACGGCAUGGCGAAGGGCAAGUCCCCGGGUGCUGACGGGAUCCCGAAGGAGUUUUUCAGCCAGCACUGGGACUCACUAGGGGAGGAUGUGCUUGGUUUCGUGAAGCAGUUUGAGGACUCGGCCGUCCUUCCCCCUGCUGCUCUUGAGGCUGUCACUGUCCUGCUGCAUAAGAAAGGCGCGAAAGACCAGGUGCAAAACUACCGGCCGAUCACGCUGCUCAGCAGCACAUACAAGUUAGUGGCGCGGGUGCUGGCAAACAGAAUGCAGAAGGUGCUGCAUAAGGUCAUUUCAGAGGAACCUUACGGGUUCUUACCAGGAAGAAGGCUGGCUGAUGGAGUCUCGUUAAUCGCGGACAUCGUCGAAGCAGCGAAGUGCAAGGAUGAGGACUGGUACUUGCUUCUGGUGGAUUUCAAGAAGGCUUUUGACUCGGUCUCUCGCGUUUACCUCUUCGGCACAAUGGAGAGGAUGGGCUUUCCACGGAGUUUCGUGCAGUGGUGUGAAGGUCUCCACGCGGGGUCGACGACGAGGUUGUUGCUAAACGGGUGGCUGGGAGAGCCGGUAGCAGUCAACAAGGGGGUACGGCAGGGAUGCCCUCUGGCGCCGUAUCUGUUCCUCUGCGCGGUGGAGACUCUCUGCCAGGAAGCAAGAAGAAGGAAGCUUGGCAUUAGUAACCCUUAUGGCGACCGUCUGGCGUAUGUGGGUUAUGCGGACGACACCACGCUGGUGCUCAAGGGGAAGAGGCAGAUUGGCCGGGCGGUGAAGCUGCUGAGCGAGUUUGGGGAUAAGUCGGGGCUCCGGGUGAACAACAACAAGUCCGCGCUUAUGCCCCUGGGGAGGAACCUGCGCAAGAAACCGGACAAGAAAUCAGUUUUCAAGUGGGUGUCGUCGAAUGAAGCGGAGAGGGUGCUGGGAGUGUGGGUCUCACCAUCGGGGGACGCUUCGGUGACCUGGGAAAUCACCUUGGUGAGAGCGUCGUCGGAGCUGGUGAAAUGGCAUAUCCACUAUCUGACCACGUCAGGAAGGGUCUCGGUGGUCAACGGGUACAUUAACCCGAUACUCGCCUUCCAGGCGCAGGUUUACCCACCUCCAGCUAAGAUCUGGGCGAAGCUGGUGAAGCUGCUUCACAAUUUCGUUACCGGAAAUCACUCGACAGCGGUGAAGCAUUUCGCGCUCUGGAGCCAGGAGCUGCUGUUCAAGGCGAGAGGGGAGGGUGGCCUUGGCGUCCGGGACCCGUGUGCUGAGCUGGGGGGUUUGGCGGCCAGGAGGAUAGCGUUGCUGGCGUCACAACCGCUGGGUCUGCGUGCUGAUCUCGCGUUGGCGGCGCUGGAUGUCCCGGACCUUCAGGUUUUCUGGGCUCACACGGGUUUAAUGAAGCAGUGGGAAGGACGGUGUAUGCGCUGGAAGUGA